AUGUCCAAGUCCAAGGCUCCCCUCUUCCUCGGCCUCACUGCUGCCGGUGGUGUCGGCUACUACCUCUACAGCGCGGGCGGCAACCCAAACGCCGCCGAGAAGAAGUUCGAGAGUGACGUCCACAAGGCCUCCGCAGAGAUUAAGUCUCACAUCCCCGGUCGCACUCCCGACGCCCAGAAGGGCCUCGGCGACACCGGUGCCCGUACCGGCGCCAAGGUCGAUUCUGCUAUCGCCGAGGCAGACAAACAGUUCGCUGCCGCGAAGAGCAAUGCUGAGGCCUACGCUAAGGACGCGAAGGCUGAGGCGCUGAAGAAGAUUGACCAGUUCGACAAGAAGGUCGAGGAUGGCACCGCGAAGGCCAAGAGCGGCAUCUCCAGCUGGUUCGGCGGCAAAUAA